AAAUAUUAAAUUAACGAAAUAUAUAUAAAUAAUAGAAUAAAUAGUUGCAUUUGCACAGGGUUAGCUGUACAUGCAAUUUUUUUUUUAAAUCCACUCAAGUAAAUAUAUACAUUAAACUGUUUUAAGUUGGUCAAAAUUCAAAAGUAUCAUUUGGGUCAUAGUUAUAGUAUGUCAUGGAAACUUCUUUAGAAGACAAAUUGCUUGAAGACAUAAUAAAAAGUGAUAAAAAUGCUAUUAUAGAACAUAUUUAUAAGGGGGCAAAUCCAAAUAAAAUAACUAGCCAUGGAAAAACGUGUUUGGGAGAAGCAUCAAAAUUGGGUAACAUAGAUAUUGUACAAAUAUUACUUGAUUCAUAUAAAGAAAAUGAAGCGUCAAACCAAGGAAUCAUUUUUAAGAAGUGUAAUAGGUCGCAUAAGAGGAAAUUGAAAAAUGUUGGACCUCAUGAUGGAAUUGUUAGUAAAUGUAAAAAUAGAAGCGAAGAAGUUUAUCAAUGUCAUAAGAAAAAUAUAAAUGGCAAGGAAAUUAAAAAUAAUGAAAAAAGAAAUCAGGAUAUCUUGGUAUCUUUGAAUAGUGAUGGUUCUAGUAGUGACGAAAGUAAAGCAGGAAACACAAAACCUCAGGCAACCUGUGUUGCUACAACUCUUCAUGUUGAUCUUGAAUGGGAUGAGGAUAUAGGUACAGCUGCACCUAUAACACAUGAAGAUGAAACUUGGUCAUCAAUUUACAGGUGGUAUGCUGCUAUAUUAGAAAAAACAGGUGCUGCAUUAGCUUCAGCAUCAAAGGUUACUAAUGGAAUUAAUCAACAAGAUGCAUAUAUGAGAACAGCCUUACAUUAUGCAACAGAGCAAGGACAUACUGAAAUAGUAAAGUUAUUACUAGUUUCUGGCAGUAAAUUAGAUGUAUCUGCGGGUGAUGGUCUUACUGCAUUGCAUAUAGCUGUUAUAAGAAACAAUAUUGAAAUAGUUAAUAUGCUGUUGUCAGCUGGAAGUCACAUAAACUAUAAAACUCACGAAAAAAUGACAGCGUUGCAUUUUGCGGCUUCUAGGGGAUUUUUAGAAUUAGUAAAAAUAUUAGUCUCUAAAGGAGCAAAUUUAGAAGCUAGAGAUACCAAUGAACGAACUGCAUUAUACUUGGCAACUGGAAGAGGCCACAUUGAUGUGAUAAAAUAUUUAAUAUCUUCUGGAGCCAAUGUUAAUGGUGAAGAAAUCCAUGGGUAUACUCCACUAUGUGAAGCUGUUUGGCAAAAGUAUACUCAAGUAGUAGAAGUUUUGUUAGCUUCUGGUGCUCGAGUUACUCAUUCACAUAAACUUUUACACAAUGCUGUAAUGCAAGGUCAAAAGGAAAUAGUCAGAAUGCUUAUUAAUCAAGGAGGAGGUAUAAAUUUGUGUGAUGACGCAGGGGACACUGCUUUAUUAUUAGCUGUUAGAUUAUCACACAUUGAAAUACUCAAAGAACUAUUACAAAAGAAAGCCAAUGUAAAUAUUUGUAGUAAUAUAACAGGUUCUAAUGCUUUACAUAUAGCAGUUGAAAGUUUUAAAGAUCUACACCAGUUUGAACAAUUGCUUUUACUAUUACUGGAGAGUAAAAUAGACAUGAAUGCAACAGCUUUAACUGGUGACACAGCUCUAAAUAGAGCACUAUUAUUACAAAAGGAUCAAGCAGCAAUAUUACUCAUUCGCCAUGGAGCUGAUGUUAAUAAAAUUGAUUUUCUACCAUGUGGGUUAGACAACCUAUCAAUGGUUAAACAAAGAGCAACAAAUCAUUUAGCAAGACUAUUACUAAAAGCAGGUCAUUACAGGCCUGAACUUGAACAGUGUUGUGUUUUACCAAAAAAAGAUACAACUGCAUAUUGGUUGCAUCAGAUAUGUAAACAACCUUUUAGUCUAUUAGAUAUUUGUAGAAUUCAAAUCAGAUUACUUUGUAGACAAAAACCACUACAUCAAUGUAUGCCUUCAUUACCAAUACCGAUAAGCCUACAAAGAUUCUUAAUGUUUGAAGAUGAAAUUUAAUGAAUCAUUUUACUUUUAUAAUUUACCAUUGGCUAUCUUAUUUAUUAUUUAAAGUAGUAUUACUUAGUAUAAAUAUAUUAUAAAUCCAAAUAUUAUUUAUUGUAGUACAAUAACUAUUGACAUAGAAAGUAUUUGUUUUAAGGUAAAGCAUGUGUUAUGUUUAUAUAUAGUAAUUUUAAUGACAGAAAUGUUAUGGACAACACAAUUACUAGUGGGGUCCUAUAAUAUGUUCACAAUAAGUUUUUAUGAAUAGGUACAUUGUAUAAACUAUAUAAAAAUACAUAGUUAAAAAUCAUAGUGCACGGUAUAUUUACCUUGAUAAAAUUACAAUAUACCUUUAAUUAAAAUUGGUU